UUCAAUUGGUGUUAAAUAUGUACUGGACUUUUUAUUUCAAUUUUGUUCAGGAAUUAUGAAUGGGUGUUUGUUAUGGUCCUGUUGAAGAGAACAUGGCGUACAGGAAACUGCAUCGUGUGUAAUACUUUUGAAGUUGUAGAUUAAGGUAAAUUAAAUAGUACGUUUAUAUAGGCUGUUACAUUUAGCAAUUGAAUUUCUAUUGAAUUGUCUGCACUCGCCAUGCAGUCAAGCUCCUUAACUCGGUAUGAGCAACAAGAUGCACUAGGUGUUGCCAUGACGGUAGUUAUCGGGUUUGAAGGAAGUGCCAACAAGAUUGGCGUGGGUAUCGUGAGGGAUGGCGAGGUCCUCUCGAACCCCAGGCGCACUUACAUCACUCCACCUGGCCAAGGGUUUCUGCCCAGUGAGACUGCGAAACAUCAUCGCUCGGUGAUUCUCACAGUUGUUCGAGAGGCAUUGGAUGAGGCUGAGCUGUCUCCUGCCGAUAUUGAUUGUGUAGCCUACACCAAAGGCCCAGGCAUGGGUGCCCCUCUCGUGACAGUGGCCCUGGUCGCUCGGACACUGGCCCAGCUGUGGGGGAAGCCACUGCUAGGCGUCAAUCACUGCAUCGGGCACAUAGAAAUGGGCCGUCUCAUCACUCAGGCCAACAACCCCACUGUGCUUUAUGUCAGUGGGGGCAACACACAGGUGGUUGCUUUCUCUGAGCGGCGUUACAGAAUAUUUGGUGAGACUAUCGAUAUUGCAGUUGGAAAUUGCCUUGAUCGAUUUGCUAGAGUUAUCAAAAUAUCAAAUGACCCUAGUCCAGGAUACAACAUUGAACAGAUGGCUAAAAAGGGCACUGAGUAUGUAGAGCUUCCAUACACUGUAAAGGGAAUGGAUGUGUCUUUCUCUGGAGUAUUGUCAUACAUUGAGGAAGCAGCUCAUAAGAUGUUGAGUUCAGGACAGUGCACAGCAGAGGACUUGUGUUUCUCUCUUCAGGAAACCCUGUUCUCCAUGCUGGUGGAGAUCACAGAGAGGGCCAUGGCCCACUGUGGGUCUCAGGAAGUGCUUAUCGUCGGGGGCGUAGGCUGUAAUCUGCGUCUGCAAGAGAUGAUGGGCAUCAUGUGCAAAGAAAGAGGAGCCAAGCUCUUUGCCACAGAUGAGCGAUUUUGUAUUGAUAAUGGGGCCAUGAUCGCACAGGCUGGCUGGGAGAUGUUUCGCUCUGGUUAUGUCACUGAGCUGCCUGACUCUUGGAUCACUCAAAGGUAAUCACUUGGCCAUUUAAACUUAUGUCGCACCUUAUGUACGUAUGAAUGCACAGAAAUAUGUACUGUAUGUAUGUAUGGAAUUAUAUACAUACAACUAUACAUACAUAUACAGUAUAUUUAUGAUUAAAUGUAAACUUUGAAUGUAUUGCCCCAAUAGUAUAGAUAUGUUCUUUAAAUUCUUCAUUUACAUCUAAAGG